CCCGAUCGGUCUUCGGCGCCUCCAACGUUAGCGGCGCCGCUCACCGCUUCCUCCGGGCGAGCAAAGCUGCAAAGGUCGGUGGUGUUGAGCUGACUCGGAGAUGUUGGUGUUGUUCGAAACCCCUGCGGGCUUAGCCCUGUUCAAAGUUUUGGAUGAAGGGAAGCUGGAUAAAGUUGAGGAUUUGUGGAAGGAGUUUGCUACAUCAGAGUCGGCUAGACAGAUCGUGAAGCUGAAAGCUUUCAAUAAAUUUGAGAACACUUCUGAUGCAUUAUCUGCUGCAACCUUGUUGAUUGAUAGCAAGCCCAGCAAGGGUCUCAGGAAGUUCUUACGUGCCCACUGUGAUGGCGAAACCUUGGCUGUGGCUGAUUCAAAACUUGGAAAUGCCAUCAAGGAGAAGCUGAAAAUUGAUUGCCUCCACAACAAUGCUGUGAUGGAACUAAUGAGAGGGCUUAGGAACCAACUGACGGAACUUAUAUCUGGGUUGGCUGUGCAAGAUUUAGCUCCAAUGAGUUUGGGAUUGUCACACAGCUUAUCUAGAUACAAGCUAAAAUUCAGCCCUGAUAAGGUGGACACAAUGAUUAUUCAGGCCAUAGGUUUGUUAGAUGAUCUUGACAAGGAGCUCAAUACGUAUGCCAUGAGAGUUCGCGAAUGGUAUGGGUGGCAUUUUCCAGAGCUUUCGAAGAUCGUACAGGACAAUAUUCAGUAUGCAAAGGUAGUAAAGCUGAUGGGAAACCGUACGAAUGCUGUCAAUCUUGAUUUCUCUGAGGUACUCUCUGAAGAUACUGAAGCUGAGCUGAAAGAAGCUGCAGUGAUUUCAAUGGGAACUGAAGUUAGUGACCUGGACUUAGCAAAUAUUAAAGAACUCUGCGACCAAGUUCUUGCUCUUUCAGAGUAUAGAGCGCAGCUUUAUGAUUACCUUAAAAGUAGAAUGAAUACCAUUGCACCAAAUCUGACUGCUCUUGUUGGGGAGCUUGUUGGAGCUCGUCUUAUUGCUCAUGGCGGUAGUUUAUUGAAUCUUGCAAAGCAACCAGGUAGCACAGUUCAGAUUCUUGGUGCAGAAAAGGCCCUGUUCAGAGCUCUCAAGACCAAACAUGCUACACCAAAAUAUGGGCUUAUCUUCCAUGCAUCUCUAAUUGGUCAGGCUGCACCAAAAAUUAAAGGGAAGAUUUCUCGUUCUCUUGCUGCAAAAACUGCUUUGGCUAUAAGGUAUGAUGCUCUUGGAGAUGGUCAAGACAACACUAUGGGAUUGGAAAAUCGAGCUAAGCUCGAAGCUCGCCUUAGGGUUCUUGAGGGCAGAGAAUUGGGUCGCUCUGCUGGUUCAACAAAAGGAAAGCCCAAGAUUGAGUUUUAUGAUAAGGAUCGAAAGAAGGGUGCAGGGGCUCUGAUCACUCCAGCAAAGACAUAUAAUCCCUCAGCUGAUCUUGUGCUUGGGCAAACCACUGAUCCAGCUCCAAAGAAGCCAGAUAGUGAACAUGAAGUGGCACGACCAAAGAGGAAGCACGGCGAAGCAGAACUGGCACCUACUGGAGAAGCAGCUGAAGGCUCUCUGAAAGAGGAGGGCGAUGGCGAAGGGGAGAAAAGGAAGAAGAAGAAAAGGAAGGUCGAGUCAGUUGACACUGUCAAUCAAAUUCCCAUUGAUGAAGCAGAGGAGCCGAUGAAAAAAAAGAAGAAGAAAAAGAAGGACGAAGCACAUGCGUCAGAGUUAGCAAACCGUGAUGACAGUGCUGCUCCAGAAUCCAAAGAGGAACUUAGCAAAGAGGAAAAGAAGAAGAAAAAGAAGAAGCAGGCUGAAGAAGUGCAAGAAGCAGGUGAUUCGGCAAGCAAGAAAAAGAACAAGAAGAAGAAGAAGAAAGAUAUGGGCCAGUGAGUUAUAUCUGUGUGCUCUGUGGCAAAAUGUGCUUGGGAAUGGCCUUGCUGUUCUCUAGUCUUGAGCUUGAGCUUAGAGAAACAUAACAAUUAUGUAUAAGUUUUUGUGUCUCUGUGGAUUGACAUUAUGUUAUUGUGGCUUACAUUACAACUCCCAAAUUGGAAGAGAGAAGAUUUU